AUGCGACGUGUACUUGCCUGUGCUGCUAUUGCACUCGCCAACGCCCCGGCUGCGCUAGCCUGGGGCGCCGCCGGCCAUGAAAUCGUCGCGACCAUCGCGCAGAUGCACCUCCACCCCGACGUACUCCCUGUGCUCUGCGACAUCCUCGACCCUACAGCCAAGGAGACAGACUCAACUGUCUAUCCACCGUGCCACCUCGCCCCGAUUGCAGCCUGGGCCGAUCGUGUCCGCAUGGCUCCCGCGUAUCGACACACCGCGAGCUGGCACUACGUCGGCGCACUGGGCGACAUGCCCGGAGAGUCGUGUGUCUUCCCAGGCGAGCGCGGUUGGGCGGGCCGUCGUGAUACGAACGUGCUCGCUGCUCUUGGGAACCAGACCCGCACGGUUGCGAGCUUCCUGGAUGGCGAAGUUGGGUUGGCCGAAGGAGCGGACGCGCUGAAGUUCCUCGUCCACUUCGCCGGGGAUAUGCACAUGCCGCUGCAUCUUACUGGGAGGGAGCGUGGUGGAAAUGGUGCAAAGGUCACGUUUGAUGGGAGGAUGACGAACCUGCACUCCGUCUGGGACAGCUUCCUCAUCGCCCAAGCUCUCAGGUCCAUUCCCGCGAACUACUCGCGCCCGAUGCUCGGCGACCUCGAGGUGCACCUCCGCGGCGCGAUCUAUGACGGGUACGUGCGCAGGUUGAUGGUCGACGGCUUUGGACUGUCCGUCCAGGACGAAUACGGGGUUGAAUACCGCGCGGGGCAGGGCCGCUUCGGGGCGAUUGAGGAAUGGCUGGGGUGUCCCUCUGAAGACGAGGACGAGGACGAUACGAACAACCAGCAGGAUGAUCUCGCGCAGCGGCCUUGCGAGCUCGCCAAGCGGAACCGGGGCGUGCGUCGGCACAGGCACAACAGGCACGCGAAACGCGCUGGUGGGCCGUGGAGCUGGCUAUGGGCCUGGAAGGCGACGAGAGACGAGGAGCGGUGGGACGACGACGUGCUCUGCCCGUACGCGUGGGCGCGCGCGAUCCACGAGCUCAACUGCGCAUUUCCCGUGUGGCCUGCGGAGCUUGACAAGGUCGCUGUCGCGGGUACUCACAGCCCUAGGACAACCGACGUAGAGGGCGAUCAUCACGACUGCCAUAUGGAGGGCGGGGACGUUGAGAUGACGGGCCGCCCCCCUCGCCCGCACCCCGACUUGCUCGAACUGGACACACCGGAGUACGCGGGGCGCGUACGUGAUGGAUGGGUCGUCGAGCGAUUGCUGGCGAUGGCGGGGAUCCGGCUCGCGGGCAUCCUGAACGGGUUGGUACUGGGCGAGGCGGAUGUGCGCCUCCAGUGA